AUGGUGAUACUUGAUGUGUUAAUAAUAGGGGGGGGGCCUCAUGCCUUGACCCUCGCUAGCCUGCUAUCCAAGCCUGACCCUGAUCCAAACUCAGACCCCAGACAUGACUUACCCCUCUCCCCCUCCUUCUUGGACCCUCCAGGGCCUCAGACAAACCCAGAACCGUCCAACAACAAACGCUGUGGUGGCAGGAAGAAAAGGAAGGCGACAGCUGUUUCUGCAGGCCUGACACUGGAGGAACGACUUGGAAAGUCAACGAUAUCAGAGAGGGUCGACUUUCCCCCACUGAGUCUCCGAGUGGUAGAUUCUUAUGGCGAGUGGACGACUCUGUGGGAGAGCCAGUUCACAGCUCUGAACAUCCCUCAUCUGCGCUCACACACACUGGUGCACACAGACCCUCUCAAUAAGAAAGCCCUGCAGGAGUUUGUUUUAAAGUCUGAUCGCUCUGCGGAGCUUCACCGCCUCCCAGACCAGGUUUAUAUUCUGGACGAAAACGCAUUUUUCAAUGACAUGAGGCUCGGCAGGAAGGAGAGGAAACGUCUCAACAUCACCUCAACACUCAAGAAGAGUUUAUCCUUCAGUCUGCCAGGAACCAAACUAAGUGUGGAUUUCUUUAAAGAUCAGGUGGAGAGAUACAACUUGGACAAAGUGCUGCUGAAGGGAACAGUGGAGCACAUCACCCCUGUGAUGGAAGACGGAGCCGACUGGAUAAAAGAGGGUGAAGCAAUGAGAGUGACCGAAAAGAAGAGGGUGAAGUAUUUGCAAGUCCAACUUCAAGAGGGCAUCAUCCUAAAAGCCCGCCAGGUCGUCAUGGCGACAGGUCCAACCCGUGCCCAGAUGGCAAACAUCCCUUUAUGGGUGAAAAGCAUUGCAGAGAGCUACCCAGAGGAGCGUUUGAGACACACAGUGCACCUCAUGCACCACCUGACAACAGCACAGCAAAAACUCAAAGACGCAGAUAACUUGUGUGUAGUGUGUGAGGCAGGGCAGAGAGUAAUGGUAGUUGGCGGAGGUCUGACCAGCGCUCAUGUCGUCUCAAUUGCCCUGCAGCAAGGUGCCAGCCAUGUGACAUGGGUCAUGAGGAAGCACCUCCAGUUAAAGCAGUUUGAUGUGGGCGACGUGGAGAGCUUGGUGGGCCGUUACUCCCACGUGGAGCACGGCAUCAAGAUGGACGGCCAGGCCUACCUGCGGCAGUUCUACAAUGAGCGGAGCCUCCACAAACGGCUGGCUAUGAUUCGCCAGGCGAGGAAAGGAGGGGCCGUCACCCCGGAGGCCUACAUCCACCUGCAGCCGUUCAUCCUGGACGGACGGGUUGACGUGAAGACGUACUGCCAGGUGAGUGAAGCCAGCUGGUGCUACAGGAGCCAGGCCUGGAGUCUCUCACUCAGCACUGGGGACCACUGGACUGGAGAUACGAUCUGGCUCGCCACCGGCUGCAAACUUGAUGUCAAACAGGACCCUUUGUUAUCUGAGGUGAUGAAGGAAUUCCCCAUUCAGGUGAUAGAUGGCUGGCCGUGCAUAUCAGAGAGCUUACAGUGGGCAGAAGGAUGUCCCUUCUACCUGAUGGGGCAGUACACCGCUCUUCAGGUUGGACCUCAUGCGGUCAACCUCGCCGGCGGACAGGCUGCUAGCUUACGAAUCGCCAAGGACAUCAAGUGCCGUCGGCAACAGGACAACGCAGAGGCUUCUGAACUGAGUGGGGAGAAAUCUAAAACCGAAGAAUAUAUUCAACAGAUGCCAGAACUUGAUCCAGGAAGUGUGGGUCAGAGGCCUGUUAAAGCUGAGGCCUAG